AUGUCGGAGCCUGAGUUUACAGAUGUGGUGUCGGAGGUUUUAGAAUUUGACAUAGACCUCAUACUUGAUUACGCAUCCUCCCAGACAGAUACCCAUCCAAACCAAAGAAAACUAAAACCUAACACAGAGGAUAACACGAAAUGGAUACCUUUUAUUGAUCGUCAAGUCCGGACGAGGCAUAGAUCUCCUAUUGCGCUUUCCCAUGAAGCUCUUGCGGUGUACUCGGGAAAGGGCUUAUCAAACCCCAAGCCUGGGGUCUUCGCCUUCAGCACUGAGGCGUUUGGCAUGAGAGCUGGAACAAUUGAUCCUUCGCUUUUGAUACUUGAUGCUAAACAAAGAAGUACCUUGCGAAAAGGAACUUUCAUGUCAUUAAAUUUUGUGAACGAGAUCGAACGAACAUUGGUAUUUAAUGAGCUUCGAUUUAUCACCAACAGAGUUAAGAAAUGCCGUAAUCAUGUUCGUGUGUCUCGCUUAGAGCUAACUAUAACUCUAGACACAAAAUCAAGUAGCAUUGGCGUGGUUCUUUCCUAUACUGUGGAGCUUGAGCAGCUGUUCUUUAGGUACUUCUCCUCAGAUGUGUCUUCACAUUUAGUAAAGGUGCUCCGUCCUAGUAUCAUACCCUAUCCAACUGACAAUGACACCUUUUAUCUGAGCUUUGAAAAUUUGCCGACAGAUGCUCACCUUUUCUACAAAGUUAUAACUGACAACACAAGUCGUAUGCCUCCUGUGACAAGUUCAAUGGCGCACCCACAGCUAUUCACAGACCUACUUCCGUUUCAAAGGAAAACUGUGAAGUGGCUUCUUGAUAAGGAAAGUGUGCAAUUCGACGAAUCAACAAAGACUACAAAAGUACUACCUUUGCUAUCGCUGGGCCUUGUACUGGCUGUUCAAGAUUAUCCAAACGUGGAUCACGAAAAAUUGGAUAGGGAAAUUUAUCCCGUCUUAAACAAGCUUUGCUAUGGUUGGAAUCGUGUUCUAUUUCGAAAUGACAUUUGUUGGGUGAAUGAACUUACGGGAAAUAUAAUCAAUAGGGAGGCUAUCAUCAAGUUUUUGAAGGACAGCACCGAAGAGCUCAACAAGGAGCCAUUACCAGCUGCUGGUCUCUUAUCUGAGGAAAUGGGGUUGGGAAAAACGAUCGAAGUAAUUGACCUUGUGCUUCUAAAUCCUCGUCCAAAAGAAGAGGUGGGUCAAGAAAUCAAACUCCAAUUACAGAAAGAGGGGGACAUAAGGACUGUGAUAAAAGCUAAAACAACACUCAUCACUGCACCUCAGACAAUCAUACACCAGUGGUACAAUGAGAUUUCCAAAUUCAGUCCUGGUCUACUGGUCACAAUCUAUAAAGGUCUCGGGAAAUACCCGGAACUUGCAAAUAUUCCACGAUUUGUUGGUGAAUAUUUGAGAUGCUUCGACAUAGUCUUGUUGAAUUAUGCUAAUAUGUCGAGCGAAGCUGACUAUGCUAAUUACACGUCAAAACACCUGACCACUCGCGGGGGUAAAAAGCGAUCUUCUUCGGAAGUUAGGGAUGAAGACAACUCCCAGGCUCGUGAUCCGCUCUGUGCUGACAGUUACAAAGCUGGCUUUGAAUUUGCAGACCGAGAGAAGGUCCAGUCGGAGGCUCUCUUGAGUCAGAAGCGUUAUGAACGAGCUGUGAUGGAGGAGAUGGCCGCAAAAGUCAGAAGACAGGACUUGAGCAAGAUACCACAUAUUGAGUCUUGGCUUGUUAACCUUCGACAACUUUGCGGCAAUCUACAGGUUGGCAACUUGCCAGCUCAGAAAAAGAAAAAUAACAAAUUUUUGUUACAAGGCUUGCCCGAAAUGAAGACUUUGGAGAGUGUUCUUGACGACAUGAUGCAUGGCGUUCUCACCGAUAUCAAUGAGGGAGAAAGAGCGGUAAUCGGCAGGCUUCUUGACAUUGCCCAGCUCCUUGAGUAUGUUCUUCUACCAGAGAAAGUGAUCGAAGUUUUGGACAACGGGCUUUUUGAAGUUCUGCGAUUGAUUCACCAAAUAGAUAUGCGCUUGCGUUGGGACAUUUCGGAAUUCAACAAUCUAAAGAGCUUUUUGAAGGACAAGCACAUACUCACCUCCAAAGAACUUGCUAACAUCACGGACGAUGAGGAUGAGGACAUGGUGAUUGAUGCUGAAGAUACAGGCAAAAUCAAGAAGGAAGAGGUUUCGGCAGUGACUGACGCGGAAAUCCAUGAUAGUGUCACGAAGUUCAACAAGUUGAAGGAGCGUAUCAACGCCGACAAGAUCCGACUCAGAUCUUUGAAGAUGCUUCAACACAAAUGCUACUUUUUAUUGGCUUCUGCUCAUUUUCAAGUCUGCGAUGAAGAAUACCAGAAGAAGAUCGCUGAGAAGAGAGUCGAUUUUGAGACUCUAAGCUCUUUAGAAAGCAAUGUGAUUGGAGUUAAGCUCCUCAAAUCCGAUGAAAUCAAUUACCUUCGGCUUCAAAACGGCGGCUUAAAUAACAGCGAUUACGAGCGACCAAAUUAUGCGGACGACUUUUGUGCAACUGAGAAUGCCACAUUCGAAGAGCAAAAAGUGGAACGUCAUAAACAUUUGGAACUGAAGUUUUACGAACUUGCCGAGCAAAGCAGAAAAGAUAUGUUAAGACACUCCAUCAAAGAAGUUCAUGAUGCAACGACAAAGCGUAUUCUCAAUAGACCUGUGAUGGAUAGAAAAAAGAUGGUCAAUGAUGGGGUCUCAAGUUUCCCGAAGACCUCCAAGCGACUCUUGAAGGGCGUUCCUAUCAUUGACAUAGAGCAAUGGCAGGCUUUGGUAGGGACAACCAAGUUGAGACAGAUCAUGUUCCAAUUCACCUCUGUCAUCACUGAGCUCAAUAACCAGGCUGAGGUAAUUUCCAGCUUUGUUGAUCAGCUAAUCGAGCUUUUGUGCAACCCACUUCUUUCCGACGAAAAGAGUCCAGACGGUGAAGAGUACGAAAAAUCUUUAGAAGAUCAAGAUCGUGCAGCCUGCCUCAUGGUCGUUAUAUCUCAACUUCUAAUGGAUAGGUCGAAUGCAAUUUUGGAACGCAAAACAAGAUCGACGGAGGUGAAGAAGAAACAGGAGAAGGAUUUAAAAGAAGAAGCUCGUCGAUCUGAGAUUUCUUUUGAAGAGCUCUUGCAAGACAUUAGACUUCUCGAGCAUGAAAUGCGUCAGGACGUUCAAGGAGAAGCAUUUCAUGAGGCCGCUGAAGCUCUCAGAAGAAUUUUUGAGAAUGAGAAAACAUGUCAGGAGCUUUUACAGAAGGAAAUGAGUAGCUGCUACAACUCUGUUUUCAAUGCGAGAGUGGAAUACUUCAAGCAGUUACAACAAAUUUCCGAUAGUGUGCAAGGAAAGACUUACUGCACCGAACAAGAUGCUCUUGAGCCGAAGAAGGUUGACUCAGAAGUCGCUUCACAUUUGAUGCUCUUUACCGCAGCUCAGCGAAGGCUAACUCGAGCAGUAUCUCGCUUGAGAUAUCUUUCAACAUUAAUACCUAAAAAUGAGGCUCUUAAACAAGAGGCUGAAGAAUCGACGGACGAUUCGAAUGAUUGCGUCAUAUGUCAAUCGCAAAUAGUUGUGGGCUCUCUUACACCUUGUGGACACAAGUUUUGUAAGGCAUGCCUCGAGGAAUGGUUGAAGGCACGGUCCUCGUGUCCCAUUUGCAAGACAUACACAACAAGGGAUACAGUGCAUCAUUUCACCCAUUACAAGUCUGAUCUCAAGGCACAGCCUGUCGAGAAUGGCACUCAUGACACUUCAUCACACAAAGAAACCGCUGAAUCUGCCGCCGUUCAUCAAAUUUACAAACAAUUAGAUGAUGAGACAUUAAGAAGAAUAUCUCUGAUCAAACUCAAGAAUUCAUAUGGUUCCAAGGUCGAUUUGAUAGUGAAGCAAGUUCUUUACUUGAGAAGCAAAGACCCUCAAGUGCAAAUUGUUGUAUUCAGUCAGUGGCAGGAUUUAUUAGUUAUUUUGGCGUAUGCAUUCGACAUGGCUGAGAUUAGCUAUGUAUCUGCCAAGGGUUCACAAGUUGCCAACUAUAAAAAGAAGCAGGAGGAUCCAGUGGAAGAAUUCAAGAGAAAAGAUAACAUCAAAACAUGCUUUUUAUUAAACGCACAGGCCCAGGCAAGUGGACUUACCCUCAUCAACGCUGCCCACAUAUUCUUAUGUGAGCCAUUGGUGAAUACACCGGUUGAAUUACAAGCUAUUUCACGUAUACACAGAAUUGGCCAAACUAAAAUAACCACGGUAUGGAUGUUUGGCAUCGAGAACUCAGUCGAGGAGAAUAUUGUGGCAUUGGGAACUCGUAACCGUAUCGAGUACUUGAAAGCAAACGCAAAGGAGGCAAAGAAAAGCAAACGAAAAAAGAGAAAAAUUGACUCGGCUACAUUAGUAUCGAGUGUUUCAGAAUCCGAGGUCGAAUUAGGCGGAGAUGCCCCAUUAGCGGACUCUGAGCUCAAAACUGCAGAAUCAUACGCUCUCUCCCUUGGGUUGACCUCGGAGAAAAGUACAGGCAAAGUUUUCUCGGGAAUCAGUGAAUCAGUGAGUGAUUCAGAUCUUCGGCAAGUGUAUUUUGGCAAUGUUGAGGAGACAUAG